UCUUCACCCUCUACACUGCAGACUUUUCAUACCACACCCCCACCUGUCAAGUACCUGGGUGUUCAUCUUAACAAUAAACUGGACUGGACUAAUCACAUAACAGCACUAUACAAGAAAGGCCAAAGCAGACUCUACCUGCUGAGGCGGCUCAGGUCUUUUGGAGUGCAGGGGGCGCUCCUGAAGACCUUCUUUGACACUGUGGUGGCAUCAGCCAUCUUUUAAGGAGUAGUCUGCUGGGGCAGCAGCGUCUCGGCUGCAGAUAGGAAGAGACUGGACAAGCUGAUCAAGAAGGCCAGCUCUGUCGUGGGAUGCUGUCUGGACUCUGUGCAGGUGGUGGGAGAAAGGGGGAUGACAGCCAAGCUGUCAUCUCUGAGGACUAAUGACUCCCAUCCUCUGCAGGAGGAGAUAAAAGCUCUGGAGAGCUCCUUCAGCGAUAGACUGAUUCACCCAAAGUGUGUGAAGGAACGCUAUCGCAGGUCCUUCCUGCAUGUUCGCAUGUUUUCUGAGGAAUGUCGCCCUUUGAUGAAACCAGCUUGAUUCGGGUACACUAGUGAUGAGAUUCCAGAUUCCAGUCUUAAUGCCAAAGUUUUGCUUCUAAUUUUAACAUUGGUGUUUAUUAAUGAUAUGGAGCAGUAGUUGGAGCAUUGUGUGGGUUCUUUGUUUGGUUUUGGGAUGAGUGUGAUCAAGGCCAUCUUAAUAUGGUGGGGAAUUUUAAAAUUAUGGAGGAUUUUGAAGAUUAAUUUGAAGAAUAAUAGUGAAAGAGGAGGCCAGAAACAAACAAACAAAAAAACCCCAGCAGCAACCCAUACAGGGGGUGGUGUGUCUUAUUGUGGGGACAACUAGGUGUGAGAUUGAUGUUCUAUUUUAAUCCUAAACCUAAACGCCGACUAUUUCCUGAUGCCUCCAGUGAGCUUCGGCCUCCGCCACUGCUUGCUGGGGCUUCCACUUUCUGCCGCAUUUGAUGGUCUUACUUGCAUGUCUCACCUUCCCAUCUUCAGACAAAAGGAGUGUGCUGACUGCUCUUGCCUUGGUGGCUUUAAACUCUUCAACCACUGAUGAAACCGGCAGGGAAAGCUUGGAGGUCUUGCUGUAGAGAUUGACUAGGCUAAAAGAUGGGGGAACUCCCAGCCAUUUCCGCAAGAAGUUGCUGCACUGUCUCUCCAUUGCUUCCACCUGGGACAUGGGAAAGUCAUACAGCAGGAAGGGCCAUUGCAGCCGGGGUAUGAUGCCAUACUGAAAGCACCAGACCUUAAACCUCCCAAGCAGUUGACUGUUCUCAAUUGCCUUGAGCCAGAUGUUCAGCUGGGCUUUGGUAUUGGUGAUAUUGGUGCUGUCCUUAAGGGAGCUGUCAUAGUUCUUUCCAAGGCAUCAGAUCGCUUGGUCUUAUUAUUGGGAUCUCUGAGCCUUGAAUGCUGAAGAUGUUUCCUGAUAGCUUCCCCUUCAGGAUACUGACAUUGCCAUCUUCUCCAGUGCAGUUAGGAUCCAUCGUGUUCCCUGGAUUGAUGGAGUCAUCACCGUCACAUCAUCCAUGAAAACUCGACAGGCGGGAUGUCUCAUGCCGUCAUCUGCUUUCGGGCCUCUGCAUUGCAUUCCUCCUGCCUUCAAAAGCAGGUUCAUAGCCGCUAUGAACAGGGCCACAGAGAUCGUACAUCCUGCCAUAAUGCCCUUCUCAAGCCUUUGCCAUUUGGUGGUAAAACUUCCCACGGUAAACCUCAUCCGCAGCGCGUCCAUGUGAGACAUCACGAGCCCAACUACCUCUGGUGGUACUCGGUAGUGGUCCAGUGCCUUUUGAAUUAGCUGGUGUGGGACACUUGGGUAGGCUUUGGUGAAAUCCAGCCAUAUGACAGAGAGUGUGUUGUUGUUGCUCUUGGCUUCCUUGAUGAGCUGGCUGAUCACUGCUGUGUGCUCCAGGCAGCCAGAAUAUCCAGGGACUCCUCCUUUUUGGACGCUUGGUUCAGUGAACUCAUUGGCGAGCAGAUAUGUUGUCAACCUUUUGGCGAUGAUGGACCAAAAUAUUUUCCCCUCUACGUCCAGCAGGGAGAUCUGCUGGAACUGGUCGAGUCCCAUGGAAUUCUUUCGGCACGAAGCAGCACUCGGUGAGUGUCCAGAGCCUGGGUUCCACCUUCUUCUUCCACAGGGUCCGUAAGAGCUUUGAUAGCCUUUUCAGCAGCUGCGGGCAGUUUUUGUAGAGCUUGUAGGUGGUGCCUGAUGGUCCUGGGGCUGAUCUCGCCCGCGCUUUCACCACUACUGCCCGCACUUCAUCCAUGGUAAAAAUCAGUUUAUAACUUAUUUUAAUAAGUUGGUCUAAAUGAAAAUAAAGAAAACAGUCUUAACUCAGUACUAUAUCGAUUUUGAACAGACAUUUCUGCCUUAUCUUAACAUAGCAGUGUUUUCAGUAAGUACAACUUAAAAAUCCCCUAAGCAUCCUUUAAAAGCUGAGUACUACAAGGCUGACUUGCCCGGAGACGUUUUGCUGCCAGACCACCGAGGGAAACAAAAAGGAGAAGGAGCAAGAAACACGCGAUUUUGCAGCAACUUUUCUUAACUUUAAGAUGUGGUGAGUACAAUUUUUGCCUAGUUUUAUUCACAACAGUUAAUAACUCCAUCAGCAUACAUGCAAGAAAUUGUUUUUACACAACACUAAAGGCUUUUCCUCAGCUAGCAGUAGUAAUGUUUAAGCUAGGAGAUUUUUAGCUAAUUGGUGUAGUAAUUCGGCUUUAACAUUAGACUUUGUUAAGUUUUGUUUUAUGGUGGAAGCCAAAUGGCAGCCUUAGUAGCAUUAGUUUUAACUCUGCAAAGGUAAAAUAACACAUGUUUGGGUUCUUCCUAAUUUAAAGCUGUUGCAGUGUUGAUGUCGAUUUGACCAGCAAAAGCUGCAUGGCUGGGGCAUUUUAUAUCCGUGACUAAACACAUAACAAAUGUAGGUUACUGAACAUACAUUCGGUUUGACAUCGAUGCAUUUUGAUGUUUAAGUUCUAGAGUUAUUUCUAUGUGAGGUUAAAGUUUUUUAAUUGAGCCAUAGCUGAAGAACAGUCUGUCAAAGCUAGUUGUUGGCAUUACAGAGAGGGUGUACUACCACAUAAAAUAUAAUUUUGUUAUUUUGGGUGUUGGUAACUGCAGAUACAUUAGCACAGUUGUAUCAUUUUAGAGAAAAUAAUUAAUAAAUUUGGCAUCAUCAAGCAACAGGCAAUCAGUAAAAUAAGUCUUUAGUCACCAAAACUUCUGUUUACAUUUUUGUUGAUGUUUUUCUCCUGAAUUUCUCAUUUUUGGUCACACAAUUUGCAAGAUAUUUGAAAAGAUAACUUGGUCAGCUGCACAUUAAGACAACUAUAUUGAUAAAAUCUAUACAUAGUUUUAUGUAUCAUAUUUUUAAUUUCAUGAGGAUGUUCUAUCAGAUAAUGAUAAGACUGUUAAAAAGGUUUGGACAUUGAUUGCAGUGUAGUUUGCCCAUAUCUUUGUAGUAGUUUGCAAGCAUUUUUGUUCUUGUUUUUCAUCCUGAAUAUUCAGAAACAGUAAAAUAAAAUUUACUACAAUGCUGAUGUGGCACAAGUUGUAGACACUACAUCCUUCAGAAUCACCCAAGUUCAAGUAAUUUAAACAGGUCAUUUGUUAGUAUUCAAAGUGGAUCUGUAAAAUUUGCAAAUUUGAAACACCAAGAAAAACUGAUCUCUUAAAGCAUUACAGACUUAGACAUGGCCAUGGUGGAGAAUGUCUCCACUUUCCCUUUGUAGUUUUACUUUUUGUACAUUAGGCUUCAAUGGGAAACAUUAAAACGAUGAAAAAAGAAAAAAAUGUUUCAAACUUUUAGUCAAACUAAAAGAGGAUAUAUAAAUGGACACUCAGUUUUUCAGUUUUCCAAAUUUGACAAAAAGAAGAAAUAAAAUGCCACAGUGUAAUGUGAAAGCUAAUAAUUACAGACAUAAUCACCAGCAUAGUUCCUCUCUCCAUGCAAGUUAAUAUCGCAAAGGUGAUGAAAAGUCCUUAGCUUAUCACAGGUAAUUAUCAGUGCCAAUAUUCUCUGAUACUUAAUGUUUAGAGAAUGAAACUGGAUGUGUUCUAUAAAUCAAACUGAAGUGAUGUGGUUUCUCUUACAGAUGCUGCAAUGUCUCAUCAAGCCAAACUUAGGAUCAUUCUUCAGGACCAUGACAUUCGCAAACUUGACUUACCUCAUGGCCUCCCGGGGACUGUGGGUAAACUUGAGUCCCUUGUUAGAGAGACAUUUGGGCUUCAAGGGAACUUUACUUUGCAUUACAAGGAUGCUGAUUUUGGAGACGAAUAUUUCAGUCUUACCUCAACAAGUGACAUCAAGGACAAGGACACAAUAAAAGUGGUUAACAUUGUUGAACCUCCCACAUUUACUCUGAACUUAACUGAAGUGGACCUUCAGACCUUUGAAAGUGAAUCAGAAACCUCCAUCAAUACCUCAGAAACCUCAGUCAGUACUUCAGUGACUUCCGUCCAUCCUCUCAAAAGCAGUUGCUCUUCCGGAUCCCAGGAUACACUGAUGCUUUCAUCACCUGAACAUGGGAUUCAGCAAUCACAGCGCUGGCCGACUGAAUUUCCUGUACCUCGAUUUGCCUAUGACACAGAGCUUAUGCUUGCCUCAGGAAAUGAAGCUUUCAAGAAGGAUGGAAUUCCACUCAACUUUACCUCAAUCCUACCAGACAUCCUUGAGAGACUGGCUGAAAGCAUCUUUCAGUAUGUUGCCUACCUAACAAGUGCACAGUUUUCGAAUGUUGCUGAGGCCCUGAUUCAGAAGCAUCCUUGCCUCAAAGAACCAGGAUCAUAUAAUGGCAACAGAGACUAAAAUAUAAAAUGGGCAACUAUAGAUACAAGUUGAGAGGACUUGGAUGCCCUGAACUUGAUAUGAACUCUCCCAGAAAGAAGCGACCACAUGAGAAAGCACCAGCAAAGAAUGUCAAAAAGCCAAAAAAGUCAGAAGUGAACUAUUUACCCGCUCACCCACAAGGAGAAACAGAAGAAAGUUUGGAGUCUGAAAGAGUGGAGCUCCUUAAUGAAGUCAGGAAAAGGCACAACUGUCAGAUCAUCAGUGCAAAAAUGGCGAAGACGUUCUCAAUUCGCAGGCAGGAAGUAGUCAAUCAAGUACCAUCAGUCAAUGACCUGAAAGAAAGAUGGCCUGCUCUUUUUGACGUAGCCCAGGUAAACCAAGAAUUCAGAAGGAUCACCACUGUUAGUCUGGAGACUACAUUCAUGGCAAAGCUGGACCAGUUCUCCCCGAAAAUAAUGUCCUUGCUGUCCUCAAGGGGAGGGUCUGCAAAAAUGAAUAUUCAGCGCAUACAGAAUAUGCUGCUUGAGGACGAUUCUGUGGAGAGAAGGCGAGAGGUUGCUAUCCGUGGCUUAGUUGUGCAUCUGAGGGAAAAGGAGGAGGACCUCUUCAAAGAGCAGGAUGAUGCUGGCGAUGUUACUAAUUAAAUGAUGAAGUGAUGAAGAUGUGUCACAACGAGAGGUGCCAUAACGUCUGAUCCAGCCAGCGCAAGGAUCAUACUUGAGGGAACAGAAGUCCUAGCAGACCUAGAUGUACCCAGAGCCUGUGCCAUGCUAAUGGGGCUGAUAUACGCACUCAACCUCAGCUACCCAAAAGAACUGAAAAACACUUUUGAAGUAAAUCAAAAGAUAUUCCUCCAGCUGGAUGAUCUGAAAGCCAGUCCGAAGGUAAUGUCUCUAAAAAGUAAACUGCUGUACUAAAAAAAAGUGAAGAGUUUGGCUAUCCAAAUUGAUAGGAAAUGUUACACUGUUGUUAUUCUGUUGUUUACAAUGUUUUGUUGUGUAACAUACUGUACAGCAGGUGUACUGUUGACAGUUCAUUGAGUACACUUGUUAAAGUACACUUGAGUGCACUUUAGCACAGUCAGUCUGACCAGGGUGGCUGUCAAAAUGUUCAGUCUUUUUGAGACAGUUAUACAGGGGUGUUUAACAUUAUGUAUGUCAUGGAGGCUACAGGCACAAUAUAUGCCAUUCAAAUGUUGUCAGUCAAAUGAGACAUUGACUGAUGUUCUAAUAAACAGUGAUCGUAAAACUGGAACGUCUGUGUAAUUUAUUCUGACUUAAGAUAAAUAAGUUACUACUACUCAAAUAAAUUAAGGUAACAAUUUGCAUGGACAUUUCUGAGUAGAAUGAUAGUAACUUAGAAUAACUUAAAUGGAGUACUUUGUACUUAAAUUAAGUUGGUUUAACUUAAUUAAGCAAAAAAAUUCAUGUUGUUUGUACUAAAGUAAUUGAGUUUGCCUAACUAGAGAUGUCUUGUGGCAUUUACUGAAUAAUGGCUAAGUUGAAAUAACUUAAGAUCCAUGCAAAUUGUUACCUCAAAGUUGAGCCAGCAUAUCAUUUUUUAGAGUGAAAUGAAUAUGAAUAUCGAAGUAAGAAUAUACACACCUUUUUAAGUGAUGCCUACAUAGGCACAUGCACACACACCAACCACUCUCACUCUAACACUCUUGCACUAAACAUGUACAAUUUUACACAUAUGCAUAUACAUGCAACUGUACACACACCUGUAUCUCUACUUACAUUUACAUACAUACACACAGAC